ACUCGACGGGUCGACAGAGUGCAAGGAAUGAAGAAACCGUAGCCGAACUCCCGACAGGAUGCAUAGUAACGAACUAAGGGAAACGAAAAAGGUCCUAUAGAUCGUGCACGUGCCUCCUCGCUGUUUAGCUUGAUCUGUGCAAAGAUCCAUCAUGUGGGGAACAUACGUCGAGGCAAUCUUCGGCGUCCCACAGUGAAGUGUUCCAUGCUAUUUCCUUUCUGCCAGUUUAUAUCAUUGACCUGCCUCUCAAUGACGUCCCCAUGCACCCAUUUUAUGCGAAUGCAUCGCGGGAUAUCCGAGUCGUAUCACAGUGGCCAUGCGUCCGCUCCUUUCGUUCUGCCUGUCGAUCUAGUACAAAUGGCCGAACUAAAGCCCGGUCAUGUCUGCCAGAGUUCGGAUCCUCUCCCUCACCUGGCACUAUUGUUUUGAUGUUCGACGCAGCGUAGACUAUGCCAUUUGCUGACGAGCAUGUGAACAUCGUUGCCGGCAUUCUGUCACUCAAACUGCACAGAAGAUGACAUUCUCCACUUCCAUGAUACGUCGAACGCGUUCUCAGCAAUUUGUCAUUUCUAUUUUGAUGAUUGUGGCCACUUCAGACGUACUCCUUACGUCCAACCCUCGUCGAUGGUGCAGACGGGUCCCGCUGCAGAGAUCGUGUACAGUACCCGUUUUGUUCGGACGAUACCAUCCCGGGUUGCUCGCCUUUUGUCGCGAGGUCUUGAGCCUUGGAUCGGUAACAUACUCAGGUGCAUCCGACAAUCCGGAGCCAACGUAUAUAACCUCGCGUAGGAUGGUAGGUCGUUCUAACAUUCGGAACUACUACUACGAUGUCCCCCUUUUCUCUCCAUCCACCAUCUCGUGCCGAACAUGUAGGCUCGCUUCUUCGACCGAAGUCUCUACUCGAGAAACGAGAACAAUUUAGUUCGAACCAAUGCACGGCUGAAGAAUUGAGAGCCGCUGAAGAUGCCGCCAUCGCUUCCGUUGUGAAGCUGCAGCAGGAGAUUGGUCUCAAGACUAUUACAGAUGGAGAAUUCAGAAGAGCAGCUUUUUAUGACGGCAUGUUUGAUAAACUGGAAGGGAUGACAUUUGUUCCAGAUAAGCCACUUUCUACGUGCAAGUCGUACCUUCCCUAUAUCCAGGUUUACCGAGCAAUGGGUUUUGACGUGAUACCAUCUGUAUAUUGCACGGGCAAAAUCAAGAGAACUGAAGGUGUCUACACUGCAGACUUCGAAUAUCUAAGAAGCCUGGUUGCUCCAGAGGAAGUCAAGCAGCUCAAAAUCACGAUAUGUUCUCCCAUCUGGCUUCAUAUUCGACAUGGAUCGCAUGAAACAUACGAUCUUAGUGUUUACCACAACGAUGCUGAAUACUUCGCUGACCUGACCAAAGCAUGGCGCGAGGAAAUCAGGGCCCUACACGAACUCGGAUGUCGUCAUAUUCAGAUUGAUGAUCCAUCUUUCUGCUUCUUCUGUGCCGACUCAAUGAUCAGUGGAAUGCAAGAAGCCGGUGAAGACUACGAAACACUCUUGUCGCAGUACAUCAAUGUUUACAACGACAUUCUGAACGAUCGACCAGAGGAUUUGAUCGUCGGGAUUCAUAUGUGUCGCGGCAACUAUCGUGGGACGCACUAUUGUGAGGGUGGCUAUGAGCGCAUAGCUGCAAGAUUGUUCAAAGAACUGAACGUGAACUGUUUCUAUCUCGAGUAUGACAACGAAAGAGCAGGCGGUCUCGAACCCCUGCGACACCUUCCAACCAACAAGAUAGUCGUGCUGGGGUUGGUAUCGACAAAGACUGAGGUUCUGGAAACGCUCGAUGAUAUCAAGACACGUAUUGAGCAGGCUGUGAAUAUCAUUGCUGAAGGUUACCCGAAGCGUACCAGGCACGUCGCACUGCAACAAAUAUGUAUCAGUCCGCAGUGCGGUUUUGCGUCUACCGCUGAAGGCAAUCCGAUUAAAGAACAGGAUCAACGGCGAAAGCUGGACCUGAUUGUCGAGGCAGCACGAGUCAUUUGGCCAUGAUGGGCCGUUUCUGCGGCCAAGUUCGCCCUGUUAUCCAUAACUAUUUAUACUUGGACUAAAUGACUAGUGGUUGGACUUGAAAGCUUGAAGGAUGGAUUCUUGGUGGAUAAGGCGUCGGCCGACUGUAGACAUUUCUCUCUGAGCGUGACGACUGUAGAGACCAAAGAUCAUUGAGAUGGAUAUUUUUGCGCAUCGGCUGAACGAGGAUGACUAUUUCCGGG